GGGAUGAAUAAAUAAAAGUGCUGUGUGGGCAUUUGUUCAUCUCUGACUUCCCCUCUGGUCUGUGUGGUCGAGGUUUCAUCUAAAGCUCAGUGAUGUUUCCGCUCACAGUACGAGAUGUUUGAAUGAUCACAGAAUAGAAGAUAUUCAUCUGGAUCCGACGAUGAAGAUCAUCCAGCUCCAGAUCUAUCUGUUCAUGUGGUCUCAAGCCACAGAGAGUCUAACAAACACAGCAGUAAGUUUAGGAGCUGAUGUGAAUAUAAGCUGUGAUCUUGAUAUAGAGGAGAUUUACUGGUACAAACAGAAGUCACCGGAUCCUCCAGUGUUGAUCUUACGCACUUAUGAUAGCACAUAUGAAGGAGCACACUAUGAAAACAUCACCUUCAAACACAAAUACUCAGGGAAAACUAACAGUCGUCUGUUCAUCAGAAAUAUCACCACUGAUGAAUUAGGAGUUUAUUAUUGUGUGAAAACUAGUGAACCACUCAAAUUCAGCAACGGCACCAAAAUCUACAUCAGCAACUCGGUCCACGAGAAUCAGACAGAAUCACAACACGAGACACCAUGGAGAAACCUGACCAUCACAUCUGUCCUGCUGAAUGUGCUUUUGAUCAUUGCAUUAAUAGGCUUGGGAAAGAGCUAUCUUCAGACAAAUCGAUUGAAAAUUUGUUCAGAGAACCCUCAAAGUACCACAGCAGCUCAGUACUUAAAUGAUUCACAGUAUGCUGAGGUUGAUUUUUCCAUGCACCCCGGUGGAAACAGGCCUUGCCAGGAGCAGACCAUCUACUCUCUUCUCCAGCCAAUAAAAAGUAUGAAGUAA